CCAUCCUCCCGCUGCCGACGUGGGGCUGACGGCCGCAGGCGGGUAGGGCCCCGGGUGCGGGUGCCGAACAGGAGGCAAGGAUGGGGGGGUUGCGGCUGCUGGCAGUGGCCCUGACGUGCUGCUGGUGGCCGCAGGGCAGCCAGGGUAAAACCCUGCGGGGCAGCUUCAGCAGCGCCGCGGCCCGAGACACUCGGGGCCAGAGCAUCGGCCACUUCGAGUUCCACGGUGACCAUGCUCUUCUAUGUGUCAGAAUCAACAACAUAGCAGUAGCUAUUGGAAAAGAAGCUAAACUCUACCUGUUCCAAGCCCAGGAGUGGCUAAAACUGCAGGAAAGCAGUCAUGGUUAUAGUUGUAGUGAAAAAUUAUCCAGAGCUCAGUUGACAAUGACAAUGAACCAGACUGAACAUAAUCUGACAGUGUCCCAGAUUCCAUCUCCACAAACAUGGCACGUGUUUUAUGCAGACAAGUAUACAUGCAGAGAUGACAAGGAGAACUCUCAGGUGGAAGAUAUCCCCUUUGAAAUCGUGUUACUAAACCCAGACGCUGAAGGAAAUCCAUUUGACCAUUUUAGUGCUAGAGAAUCUGGGUUACAUGAGUUCUUUUUCCUCCUAGUCCUAGUGUACUUUGUGAUUGCUUGCAUUUAUGCUCAAUCAUUGUGGCAGGCUAUUAAGAAAGGAGGACCCAUGCACAUGAUUUUAAAGGUUCUGACAACUGCAUUGCUGUUACAAGCUGGUUCAGCUUUAGCUAAUUACAUUCAUUUCUCCAGGUAUUCCAAGGAUGGAAUAGGGGUACCUUUUAUGGGAAGUUUGGCAGAAUUUUUUGACAUUGCUUCGCAAAUUCACAUGUUAUACCUACUUCUGAGUCUAUGCAUGGGUUGGACUAUAGUCAGAAUGAAGAAGUCUCAAAGCAGACCUCUCCAGUGGGAUUCUACUCCUGCAUCCACUGGCAUUGCCGUGUUCAUUGUCGUAACACAGAGUAUUUUACUACUUUGGGAACAGUUUGAAGAUACUAGUCAUCACAGCUACCAUUCGCACCACAACUUAGCAGGGAUUCUCCUAAUCAUUUUAAGAAUUUGCCUAGCAUUGUCUUUAGGAUGUGGACUCUAUCAAAUCAUCACAGUGGAGAGAAGCACACUCAAAAGAGAGUUCUACAUCACAUUUGCCAAAGGUUGUAUCCUGUGGUUUUUAUGCCAUCCUGUUCUUACGUGCAUUUCUAUCCUUUUCAGUGACUACCAAAGAGAUAAGGUUAUCACAAUAGGUGUUAUCCUUUGCCAGUCUGUUUCCAUGGUUAUUCUCUACAGACUUUUCCUAUCCCACAGUCUAUACUGGGAAGUCUCUUCUCUUUCCUCAGUAACACUGCCACUGACCAUAUCAUCUGGACACAAAAGUCGCCCUCAUUUCUGAUACUUGAUUUUUGUUGAAAGAAAAAGUGAAUUGGUUAAAGGAGUGCAAUAAGGAUCCAAAUACAGUGACUCUUUUUUCAUACAUUUGGUAUGAAGAAUUGAACUUUGAAACCAGAGCAUGUUAUUUAUAUAACUGCAUUUAAGCAGUACCAAAAUCAAAGAGGUAAUAAGUCAAAUGUUUUGAAAGAAACUUAAACAAUAAACUUUCAAGAAAGAGUGUUGUUAUAAGGUGAUUGAAGCAAUUUCCAUAUGGAAUAAAUGUGAAAAAGAACUAUAUGAUAGUUUGGUAAGAUAUUCACCACUUAUAAUGCCUCAUAUCAAUAGCUAACUCAGGUUUGAUAGUAUUUUAAAAAGUAAUCAGUUAAAUGAUUACUUGCAUAUACAUAUCUAAACUAGUCCAGUUAUGAAAUCAGUGUAAUACAUUGAUUGAAAAAACUGCUUCGUUUUAAUGCUUUAAAGAAAAUGUAUUUCAUGUUAGAGUUUAAAGAAUUUGAAAAUGAGAUUACUUCAGGAAAUGAAUAUAAAAUAUACUCAGCUACCUAAAUAAGAUUUUGUUUACUUGUGGGUGGGUUUAUUUGCCAAUUCUUUCAUUUUUGGCUCUAGUUCAGGUUUAGCUUGAUUAGCAAAGGAUUUUUGACAAAUUUAUGAAAAAUAAAACCUAGACACUUUACAUGGGUUUUAAGGACAAAGGAUUUUAAAAUUUGAGCACUUAGGUAAAGGGACAAAAAGGUUUAUGUGUCUGAAAAGAAAAAAGGAAAAGGUACUAUGCGAUAUGGUACUAAAAUUUUAAUCCUGAUAUAAUUCAUUUCUCUUACAUUGAAUCCUCAAUCAUAAUUAAGCCAUAUACCCAGAUUAAAUUAACAGAAGCAUUUCACAUAAAUGUUGGUUUCAGUCAUCAACUACCCAUGAAUUCCUGCCCAAGGAUACUUAAUCAGGAUUAAAUUUUCUAUGAAUAAUUGAAAAACAAAAUACUCACUGGGUUUGUUAUAAUCCGUGUUGGCACUGGAUUCUAAGUAGUUGCCAUCUUGAAUCCUUUGUAAUAAAGCCAUAUUUGUGGGGUUUUUUUUGUUUUUGUUUUUGUUUUUGUUUUUUUUGUGUGUGUGUGAAAGAAAGAUGCCCUUCUGUUGAGUACACUAGUUUAAAAAUACUCCAUCAAGUGCCUGAUUAAAGAAUUGCUAGAUGGUUGUCACUGCCUGCUGUAUAAAGUGAAUAUUCCCAUUCAUAGUAACUGACUGGAAAUAAUUCUGUUGCUGUUUGUCAAGUUGUUCAGGCCUUUUUAUUUUUAUUUCUGGUUAUUUAAAAAUAUUUUUAUCUGCUUAUUACAUUUUUAAACAAGAAAUGGUGCAAUGAUCUGAUAAUUAAACUUAUAAAUUAGUUUAAAUGAUGUAGCUCAACUUAAGAAUAUCUAUGGCUUUGUCUGUGUUUUUCCCUGGCACAUAGUCUCACUGGAAAUGAAUAGUAUUCUACUUUAUUCUAAAGGCAAAAUAUUUUUGUGUGUGACUAGCAAAAUGGCACAGUAACAAAGCUCAACCCACUGAUUAAAUCACCUCCCUAAUAGUUCUUUGUCUAUCAUUUAAUAAAUGAGUGCUGCAGGUUAAGACUAGAAAGUCUGAAGAAUGUUUUAGGUUUACAGGAUCUGCUGAGUGGUCAUAACUUUUUCUUUUAUCAUAUCACUAAUAACAACCAGUUAAUGUCUGCUAUGUUCAACUGAGUCACAGUUAAUUAAUCUAAAAGAGUGAGAGAAAUUUUUUUCAUACAAUUUGUGAAAUUGCAACAAUGGGAAAGGAAUAAUUAUUUGUAUUAUUUUACAUAAAGAACACAGUAACUAUAAUCAACAUAUGUGAAAUGUAUUACUAUACUUGCAUUUAUUUAACUUUAAAAGUUUUUGUUUAUUUUUCUAAGUGUAGCUGAAAUGCAGAUAAUUUAUUUUGUUAUUCAAAAGCCAUUAUUAAAUGAAGGAAAACAGUUUUUAAUAAAUGUAUAAAACUGUCCUUGGUUAGUAAUCAGGGACAAAAUUCAUAGUUUGUAAGUCAUGACACAGCAUCUUUUUUUCUUUCUGAAUGUUUACAUGGAGAUUCUUCACUACAGAUUACAGGAAGAUAAGCAUAUAGUGCAAACUCUAAUGAAAGAUUAAAAACGUUUCUUCUCUUC